UAAAGAAGCAUAACCUUCUUUUGUUAAAAUAUGAAUUUAACAGAAAGGAUUCUGGCUUAGUGGAGAAAUUUACCAAACACUUCCAACUAAUAGAGUCUUGGAGUGACUCAUAUGUGUUGCCACAGGGCUGUGUGUAUGUAUGUGUGAGAGUGUUGGGUAGUGUGUAUAAAUGUUAGAGAAGAAGGACACAAGCAAAAAUACAUGUACAGACUAACUGAUAGAAUUAAAGUCAUGUGAAUAUUACAGCUAUCUCUCAUUCCUUGGUCUUCUCCCACCCAAUGGACCCUACUCAUUGCCCCCUCCCUCCCCUCUCCUCCCUCCAAGUGUCUUUCCCCUCCCCCCCCUCACACAGCUCAGGCAUUCCACACUUCACUUCAGGCCACAUGACUUGAGAGAAUGGUUGAGGACCUCGUUCACAGACUUGAUAUUAAGAGUGUGAAUAGCGAGGCCAAUGCACGGCGCAUUGCUAUGGUGGAGUCCUGUUUCGGGACUUCUGGCCAGCCCCUCAAUGAGCAGGGCCGGGUGCUGGUGGGCGAGGGGGUGCUCACCAAGAUGUGCCGCAAGAAGCCCAAGCCACGCCAGUUCUUUCUCUUCAAUGACAUCCUAGUGUACGGAAACAUCGUCCUCAAUAAAAAAAAGUACAAUAAACAGCACCUCAUACCAUUGGAAGAAGUUCAGCUUUCCUCCCUAGAAGAUGAUGGACAGUUUCGUAAUGGCUGGCUCAUCAAGACCCCAACCAAAUCCUUUGCAGUUUAUGCAGCGACAGCCACAGAGAAGUCAGAGUGGAUGGCUCACAUAAACAAGUGUGUCUCAGAUCUCCUGCGCAAGAGUGGCAAGAAGGCAGCAGAGAACCAUGCAGCAGUGUGGGUGCCAGACAGUGACACUAACAUCUGUAUGCACUGCAAGAAAAGCCAGUUCACCCUCAUCAAUAGAAGGCACCACUGCCGCAAGUGUGGCAAGGUGGUGUGUGGGCCGUGCUCCAGCAAAAAGGUCAUCCUCCAACACCAGUCCAGCAAACCCCUCCGAGUCUGCCUUUCCUGCCAUGAUGAAAUCUCCUCAGCGCAAACACAGCCCAACGACUCAUCUGGAAACCUCAGUAACACAGUGGAUGACUUGGGAGGCUCCCAGUCUGAUGGUGAGAAGGACUCGAGUGAUGAACUGGAUAUAGUCAUGUACCCCAACCCUUAUGGUCGCCCAGCCCCUGAUGCCCCUCCUAGCGGCCCCAUUGCUCCACCCCGCCGCACCAGCCACGCCCAGAGCCAAGGCACAGAGCAGCAGGCUGGAGAGAAAGUGAAGGAGGCUGACCUGAUUGAUAUAAGUGGUGGUCUCUUUGGGGAGGAGACGGGUGAUGGGGAUGAUGAUGCCCCACCGCCAACCCUGUGGUGGGACGAUAUUGACUUGAAGAAACCAGCUCAUGACAAUGGUGGUGAUGAUGAUGAUGAUGAUGAUGAUGAUGAGGAGGAGGAAGGCCUGAAAGACCGCACCAAUGACUCUUCAGGUGAUGAUGACUCGGAUGAAGACACGGACGACCCAUCCAUUCAGACCCAUCCUUCAGCCACCGAGUAUCUUCCAACCCCCUUUGACGUACCAUGACCUUCUAUGAAGGGGGUGAGUCCAGUAAUGGAGAGACGCAGGCCGCCGUAGAUGUUCCUGCUGACAAUGCUGCCUUACCCUCAGAGAAAGAAACAAAUUCUUCUCUCCAACACCCCACUGACUCCACUCCAGCUGCUGUUGAUGCCACCCCAGUAACACCUAGCGAGCAAUAGUGGCAAGCGAGGGGACUCCUAAUUGUGGCACACGUGUUUGAGUCCCUGUUGCCACUCCUGACAAUGCUGCCAGACAACCCUUCCAUUUCAGGCUGGGGAGUGAGAACGUUUCAUUUCUCUUGAAUUUCAUGGAAAUGUGUGAUGUGUAUUAUUUGAGUGUUAUCAAUCCUUGGUGGCACCUGGUUCCCCUCCUCAGCAGCUACCCACAGCUGUGACCUGAGUUUGGUGAUCUGUGGGUUUGUGAUAUAAACUUUCGUCGUGUGCACCUUGAUAGCUGCAUGCAACUGCUGCUGCACUGUUCCUGCCACUUGGAGCCAUCCUUAAUAACAUGUUUGUGCCUGUGAGGUUGCCUGAUCACAUUGUCAUAUAGCCUUAUCUACCCCUUCUUAUUGGGCAUCCCCAUUUUUUACUUUUAUAAAUUUUUACAAAAAAUUUGGUUUGUAUUCAUUGAUGAAAUAUGACUGGAAAUUUAUCUUCACCAAACCCACUUUGCUCUCUCCAUGACAAGUGAGGGAUGGCCAGCAGGGUGCCAGGAAUUUUUAACUUGGUUAUCACUUUUGUAUGAUGGAUCUUGAUCAGUUUUCCUUCAAUUGGAUGGUUAUUUCAUGAUCUGAAAUGAUGACUUUGUUGGCUUAAGAGACACUUAAUUUUUGUUUUAAUGCCAUGAAGCUUUGGGCACAGUGAUGCGUUCUCAGUGUAUUGUACAUCUUUUAUUUUUCUCAUCAAAUAUUCUUUGUUAUUCCACAUGCUCAUCAUAGUUUUAUGCCUAUUGUUACAAUAGUUACUAUUAUAUUUCUAGUGUUUGUUAGUGUAUUUGUAUGCGAUUGUUUGAUUUAGUAUUUUGAUCCAUAGUUUUAUGCUGUUGUCAUGUGUAGGAUACUAUGGCCACAGUGUGUUUGUGUACAUUAAUGAGUGGCUGGAACUUGGGGUACAGUUAGGUAGACUCCUGUAUAAAAAUGAGUGCCUAAUCAUAAAUGUAAGUGACAUACACACAGUUUAUGCAGUAUAACAAUUUUUCAAGGAAUGGAUGUUGGUGCACUUCACUUUAUAGGUAUUGGCAGUACACUUAAAGCAGUUUCACACCUGAGGCAAUGCUGUGCUAUGCUUGAUAAACUACCAAGAACUAAAUGCAAAUUCUGAUAGUUCUGUUACAUAUGUUUAGAGAAAUUCCAUACUUUGUGCCACAGAAUCUGGAGGAAUUGUUUACUAUUUGAUGAGAAAAUUGGUUGAUACUUUUCCCAAUGAUAUAAGCCUUUGUGUUCUUAAAUUAUUUUGAGCAUAUUGCAAACUGAAUUUUAUCCUUUUUGAAAUAAUACAAACCAUGUCUACCUGCAACACAUUGGAUUAGUCUUAUGAAUAGAAAAGGGUCAGGAGUAUUUAUUUAUUUGUUAAUUUUAAAUGAGAAUGUAGACCAUUCAGUAGAGAACAUAUAGUCACAAUGUUACCUAGUAAUGUGUCCAUGGAAGACUAUUGAUGAUGAAAUAGUUUGUCUAUCUCUUCAAAUAGUGGUCUUUACUAAUUUGUUCCAAUAGCCUUUGUAAGACUCAUCAAUCACAUGGAUAUUUGUAUCACAGCUUCCAGAUUCCUAUGUAAUAGUAAGGCCACACACACUUGCAAAGGCUUGUGAAUGUUGAGUGGCUGUUUUUGCCAAGAAAAGAUACUCUAGGGCACAAGCAUUGAGGAAAUAAUGUGAAAAACCCAAUGAGUUUGCAAUUAUGGUACCAAUGUGAAGAAGGAUGUUGCUCACAUAACUUUUAUCCUGAUCUGAAUGAUCUUGCUGAAAAGUAACAUGAUGUAAAGCCACUUGGCUUUACAUCUAUGUGGCAAACACAGCAGAACACAACUUUUGGUGUGAAACUGCCUUCACUCUUGCCUAAUUAGAACAAAUGGGACUGAACUUUGGCUUUUACUGAUGGCCAUUUUCCCUUCCUAUACAAGGUUUAGACUGAUAGUGAACUUGUUCAAUCUUGUAAUGUGUGCUUUUGUUGUCUUGUGGAUGGUAAAGAUCUUUGGAUGCUUGAGUUAAAGGAGCCCCUACAAGUUGAAAUCUAAAGCCUGUAUUAUUGGAGUAUCUUUGUACUCAUUCAGACCAAUUCCUUUCGUCUUCUAAGAGAUCUCUGUAUUAAUGGGGUGCAUUUGGUAUAAUGUGAAUAGUACAGGAAGUCCUUGAAUGACUUGCAUAAAUGGGAAAAAAAUAAAAUAAAUAAUCAUCCCACAGUACAGAAACUUUCUCAGGGUAAUUUUGUUAAUUUUCUAGAUAUUAACAUCCACCAAGGACUUACUGUAUUGGUUUUCCAUUGCUGUAAAUGCUAUACUACCUUGCUAGUGUGCAUCACUAUUGUGUAGUUGUACAAAUGAACACAAUAAUUUUGUUCAGAAGCAAAAGUAAGUAAGAAUAAUGUGCUGUGGGAUACCUUGGACUGUUUAAUUCAAUACUUUUCAAUUUUUUUUUUUUUAGGUGGGAAGGAGGAAUAUUAAAUUAUCAUCACUUAUGGAACCAUAAGGUUUUAUGAAUGUGCUGUGCAGUAUUUCCCUAAUUCUUCAUACUUAUUUUCUGUUCUCCUUUCUCUUGUUACCAGUGAGAAAAAAAAAAAAAAAAAAAAAAAAUGCAGCUAAACACUAAACAGUGUUUCAUCAUAUGUAUACUUCUUGUCACUUGGGGUGUGAAUUUCCCUAAAUAUUUCAGUUUGGUAAUAUCCAGUUAAUAGAAGUUCAUUAAUAGAUCAGUAUAUUUUGUACAGUUUUAAUUAGUAGGUUGGCUAUAGUUAAAACCAGUAUUACACAGGUUUCCUUAUGACAGACAACCUUUUCUCUACCACCUAACUUUGCUAAAGUAAAUUUGACUUUUUGUUGAAAUAAUAAUUUCAAAGUUACCAAUUUAAUGGAAAAUAUCAAAUGAGGUUCCGUAAAAUUUAGUAAGGCUUUAACUUUGAAUUCAGUGUUGUUUACAUUGAGCAGGUUAUGUCCAGUCUUAUUCUACCCAUUUUCAGAGCUGGUUCCUGGAUGGUAUUUGCAUCUGAUCUUUCCAUUUUCUUUCUCUUGUGAUACAUCUUAUAGAAAAUAUGAGUUCAAGAAUUGCUGUGCUGAUGAUAACUUGUACACCCUUUGUGACACCACCUCCACAAAACACUUUGUGCAGAUCUGUCACAUAGUACAGUUGUUACAUAUAUUUUGAUUAACUUGGUUGUGUUGGAGACUGACUGAGGAGCACCAAUUUAUUGAAAAAUAUGUUCAUUGUGUAAUAUGGGCUUAAAGUAUAAAUUUAUUUAAUGAUUUGUGGUGAAUUUAAUGUUCAGGAUUUAAAAGGGGGUGUGGGGAUUUUCUUGUAAGGAAUCGUAGGUUCAAUAGUGUUUGACAUUACAUUAAGAAUUUCAGAAAAUUGUGAACCAAUGUAAUGGACAAAAACCAAUGUGAUGUAUACAACCAAACCUCAAUCCUGUUAAAUUUUUCUUAAUUUCCCCCUUGACAUUAAGCAAAAAAUGUUUACAUUUUUACAUAUUGAAGCCAGUGAAAGUCUACUCAAGGCUUAGGUUGGAGGAAUGUGGGGCUGCCAGAUGACUUUGUGAUAUAUUGCAGUACUUUUCUUCACCUACUCUAAAGAAUAGCACCCUAUCCUGGGUCCUAUCAUGUAAACAGCAUUUCCACAAAGAUUGUUACUUUGGUCCUAUUCAUAAGCAGAAGACCAGUAACCUAUCCUCACCAACUGUUUAAUCAUUAUUACCUGCUACAGUGAUGAGGCUUUUUCACUUGGGCAGCUGAAGAAGUGUUGCAGUAGCCAGGCAGCCACAGUGCCCUCCAGAGUCUGUGUCUUGACCUGAUAGUUUGCGUAGGUUUCUGUGAUUAACAAACUACAUGCCAGCAGCAGUAGUGAUUCACAGUUGGGGUGCAUUGGGGGUCAGGCCAAGAAUGACACCCAAGAGGGAUUCACAAUUAUCAAAUGAGAGAGAGAGAGAGAGAAAGGGUAUUUAUAUCAGCUGAUACAAAACCUGUUUAUAUAUAUAUAUAUAUAUAUAUAUAUAUAUAUAUAUAUAUAUAUAUAUAUAUAUAUAUAUAUAUAUAUAUAUAUACACACCAUUGAUACAAGAAAACAAAAGCCAGUGGUCUUAAGUUAUCCUUCCAGAUUAGAUCAACAGAACAUAAGGAAAACUAGCUAUAGAUAAUGUUUAACAAUCCAGCAAAAGAAAUUACAGCUUGCUGUAAAGUUUUCAAGAAUAAGAAAAUGGCCAAUGUUUUCUAGGAAUGCAUGAGAUGUAUACAAGUACAAGCAACAAGUCUGACCAACUUCUGUGCCUUGAUCUUUAUAUGCAUCUUUAUAUGCAUCAUAUUAAUAUUAAUAUACUAAAAGGAGGGCUGCAUUUUCAUGCAAAAGAAUUGAGUACAUCUAUGCUUUAACACCCAGUCAUUCCUUUCCCUCCAAUAUUCCUUAACUACUUACUACACUUUCUUCCUUUCUGAAUACUGAACUGACAAAUUUAACUUCUUUAUUAUGCAUAAUAUAAAAAUCACUACUACUAUGACCAUUUCCUCACCUUGCAUACAUGGUGUUACUUGUAGUUACUGUUGUUGAUCCCUUGCCACAGCUCCCAGGAUCCCAACCUGCCAGCUCCCAGCAGCAAUAUACAUACAACAGCUUUGCUUUUAGGCUACUGGCUUUCAAGAUUUUUUAACAUUUCUAUAUAUAUCUGAAAGUGGUUGUUUUGUGAGUCUAUAUAUAUAAUUAUGGUAAAAGAUUAUAACAUUUAUACAAACAUAUAUCUAUAUAUAUAUAUAUAUAUAUAUAAUAAAGCCUAUGAUUGGGAAACUUGUCUUCCACGUUACUGAGGUUAAACUUCUUAAUUUCAUAAUAAAUGCUAAUAAAUGCUGAGUA